AUGACGUUGCGCGUGCUCUUCUUGAUGCUGGCCGCCAGCUGCUGCCUCGCCGACGCUGCUCCGAUCAGCCUCGACGCUGUGCCGCUGCUCGCCUUCAAGUCGGCGUGCCACGCCGACUCUGCCACGGCGCUCGUCUCCUGGAAGGAGGGCUCCGACCCCUGCUCCGACAGGUGGCGCGGCAUCUCUUGCCAGAAGUCAUCGUCAUCGUCGUCGCCGUCGCCUCCUCGCGUCCGUCGCGUUGUUCUUGGAGGCCUACGCCUCAGCGGGGAUGCUAGAGCCGUCGCCGCGCUCGCCCAUCUCCCUAUGCUCUCGUUCCUUAGCCUUAAGAACAACUCUUUCUCGGGCUCUCUCAGUGACGUCGACUUCUCCCCCUUGGCGCCGCACCUCAAGCUCCUUCACCUCUCCGACAAUGGCUUCUCCGGUCGGUUCCCGGAGUCCGUGCUACGCCUUCGCCAUCUGCGCCGUCUCGACCUUUCUGGAAAUCGACUUACCGGUACGAUUCCGCCGGAGAUAGGUCAGCGGCUCUCUUCUCUCCUGACGCUGCAUCUCGCGCGCAACCUGUUCGUCGGGCCCUUACCGGCCUCGCUGGAAGCAAUGGCCAGGCUUGCCAAGCUCAACGUCUCCGGUAACCACCUCCAGGGGCGGAUCCCCAAGCACCUCGCGGCCAUCUUCCCCGCAUCUUCGUUCGCCGGCAAUCCCGAACUUUGCGGUGCCCCGCUGCAACGCCGGUGCAAUGGACAGCACCAGAUGGUGUAUGGCGGCGGCGGCGGCGUCGGUGUUGACACGCCGCACGAGUCGAAGAGAGGGAUGAGGAUGGGCAAUGACCGAUGGAUGGUGGCGAUGAUCAUGAUGGCAGUGGGCGCAGCAGUCGCGUCGCUGGUCGCCGCGGCUCUGUGCGCUGCGUUAUGGCUAAAGAAGAAGAGGCCGCCGGCGAGGCCUCGCGCCAGCUCACGCACCAGCUCGAUGGCGCGGGAGGAGACGGUGCGCUUCGAUGGUUGCUGCGUGGAGUUCGACGUGUGCACGCUCAUGCGGGGCGCCGCGGAGAUGCUGGGCAAGGGCGCGACGGCUACGACGUACCGCGUGGCCAUGGGAGGCGACGACGUCGUCAUGGACGACGCUGGCGUCGUCGAGGAGGGCAAGGCCGGCGAGGUGGUGGUGGUGAAGAGGAUGCGGCGGAGGGAAGGCGCGACCCGGGAGGACGAGCGGCGGAAGCGGGACCUCGCGAGGGAGAUGGGCACGUGGCGGCACGCCAACGUCGUCAGCCUGCGCGCCUUCUACGCGUCGGCCGACGAGCUCCUUCUCGUCUUCGAUUACGUCCCCAAUGGCAGCCUCCACAGCCUCCUCCAUGAGAACCGGGGACCGGCGCGUAUUCCUCUGGAGUGGCAGACGAGGCUGAAGCUGGCGCAGGACGCGGCGCAGGGGCUCGCCUACCUCCACGGCGUGUCCGGCGGAAAGCUCUCCCACCGGCACCUCACCUCCUCCAACAUCCUCGUCGACGCUGGCGGCAACGCGCGGGUCUCCGACUUCGCCCUGCUCCAGCUGCUCGUGCCGGCGCCGGCGGACGAGGCCGCGCAGAAGCAGGACGUGCACGCGUUCGGGGUCGUCCUCCUGGAGAUCCUGAUGGGCCGGUCGCCGGAGGACGGCAACGUGGACCUGGCGCGGUGGGCGCGCACGGUGGUGCGCGAGGAGUGGACCUCGGAGGUGUUCGACGCGGAGCUGCUGCCGAGCAAGGGCGCGGAGAACGAGAUGAUGGCGCUCCUCCAGGUGGCGCUGCUGUGCGUCGCCGACGACCCAGCGGCGCGGCCGAGGAUGGAGGUGGUGGCCAAGAUGAUCGAGGACAUCAGGGACAGGGGGAGCAAGAGGAGCAGGUACUCGGCGUCGCCGUCGCAGGCUGGCCAGUCUUACGAGUCCUCUCCUUCCGUGUCGGAGGACACCACUAGGUCCACCACUGCCUCGAGCUCUUGACGCUGUGAUGUUGGUGGCAAUGGCAUCGGUUUCCCAUGCCAAAAAGUCCAUUCAUUGUUGCAGAGGAGCUUGAGUGACAUGGUAAAUGGACUAACAGUUGCGUCAACACACAAUUAGGUGCUGCCGUUGUAGAUGUUAAUGUUCUGCCAUCAUGAUUCUGUGGCAUGUAAG